UCCAAACCGGUUCCGUGCGCACCCGGUUUGCCGUUCCGGCUCCGCCUCUCCCUCUGGGUUCCUUCACGCAUCAUUCCUCUGCUCUUUGUUCCACUCCAGCACAUUAUUUCACCAGUCCGCGCGAGUGAUCCCCUCGCAUUUCGACGCAGUAGCGAUUUCGACUCGGCUCUCCCGCGCCGCGCAGCCCAUGGACCUCCCCGUGGUAGAUCUCGCGCCGUACCUCGGGGUCGCCGCGGCGCCGGCGGAUGAGGAGGUGCUGCGCGCCCUGUGCGCGACGGUGAGCGCCAGCCUGCGGGACACGGGGGCGCUGCUGGUGAAGGACCCGCGCUGCUCCGCCGCCGACAACGACCGCUUCCUCGACGUCGUCGAGCGCUACUUCGCCCGAUCCGCCGACGCGAAGCGCCUCCAGGAACGCCCCCACCUCCACUACCAGGUUGGAGUGACACCCGAAGGUGUGGAGGUUCCUCGCAGCUUGGUCGACAAGGACAUGCAGGAGAAGAUCAGGAGUAUGCCCGAGGAGUUUCAACCAGCCACCCCUAAAGGACCGGACCCGAAAUGGCGGUACAUGUGGAGAGUGGGUCCUCGCCCUGCGAAUACCCGCUUCAUGGAGCUGAACUCAGAACCUGUUAUCCCUGAGGGAUUACCCGAGUGGAAAGAGACAAUGGAUUCCUGGGGUUCUAAAAUGAUUUCUGCAAUUGAGGUUGUUGCUGAGAUGGCUGCAAUUGGAUUUGACUUGCCAAAGGAUGCAUUUAUUUCUUUGAUGAAGGAGGGACCACACCUGCUAGCACCAACUGGAAGCGACCUGCAGCGUCAUGGUUUUGAGGGCACGGUUUUUGCUGGGUUCCAUUAUGAUCUUAAUUUCUUGACUAUACAUGGUCGUAGUAGAUUUCCAGGCCUGAACAUCUGGUUAAAGAAUGGUAAAAAGAUGGAGGUGAAGGUUCCUGUUGGCUGCCUUCUCAUUCAGUCAGGGAAACAGCUGGAAUGGCUUACCGGUGGUGAGUGUUUGGCUGGAAUGCAUGAGGUUGUGGUAACCAAGAGAACGCUAGAGGCUAUAGCAUUGGCAAAAGAGCAAAAUAGAAGCUUGUGGCGGGUUUCGUCAACUUUAUUCGCACACAUUGCUUCUGAUGCAAUUCUUAAGCCACUGGGCCACUUUGCUGGAACACCCAAUGCUCACUCCUAUCCACCAAUAUGCGCUGGUGAUUAUGUCGAACAGGAGCUUUCAGUGAUUAACCUGAAAGGAAAGGAUGGAUUAUAGACUUUACGCAGCAGAUAAAUCUGGAUAUCAUAUAACUGACAGAUAUCAGAAUGCAAAAUUAAAUUAUCCAAACUGAUACUUGUAGUGUCUUCAUUUCCAAACGUUGGCAUAUGGAGGGUGCUUCUGUUGUUCCCAAUGCACCCUUUAUGUCUAUGCAAACUAUGUUCAUUGACGUUCAAUUCUCUCGUUAAGAUAGCAGAUACCCUUUUGUGUACCACACUGAUAUUACUUGUGAAGUAAAAAUAAAAAAAGGAAGAAGAAUCAGCACAUUAAGCGUGCCAGUGAUA